AUGGCCCAGUUAUCGCUGUCGCCCGAUGAUACCACCAAUAAUCUCUCAUACCCCUCCGCCAACGUCCUAACACUCUCCACAAAGUUUCCCCAUACUAGAGCACAACUAUCUGCCAUCGCUCGCCAACAUAAACCCACUGAUAACUACGACAGUGACGCGGAGAAUGAUGAUUACAAUCGCGUCUCUUCAUCCCUUGUGAACAGAGUCGUGUCGCUGCUAACUGAUGAGAACGAGGAUGAGCUCAAACGGCUGCUUAGGUCAUUGUAUGGCAUGGACGAGUCAACACUGGAGCAGAAUGUCUUAGACUUGAUGCACAAGCAUCGCGACGACGUUGCCGGCGUUCCAUUUCUCUUCCUAACUCCGACACGACGCCCAAUCUCCCGCCCAUCGUCUCGCGCAUCUACAAAUUCAACUCGUUUAUACCCUGCUCGUCCAGACACUCCAAACUCGGCUCCAAACUCUCCACUUGCUCAGGUUUUUCGUAGGCCACACACACCAGCAACUUCGCCACUCUCAGGUGGUAUGGCGCAAGCAUUGUCAUACAUGUCGGCUAAAAGCGACUAUUCGCCAUCUUCGUCUCCCAUCCUCUCACAUGCGCAGGCUACUCAUGUUCAUGCACAGUUCACUGCAAGCCUACCUGCAUCUCCUAUCUCCUCUCCCCGUCUCUUGAGCGCAAAGGCAUCUGAGUUUAGGCCCAUACCCCGUCCGUUGUCAGCUGCUUCUUCUAACCCCGUUUCCCUGCUUCGCUCUGAUACCCCUUCCCCCGAUAUGUGGGCUCACAACUCGCCUCGUGCUACAUCUAAUCUCGCUAUAGCUGCUCCGCUCAUCCCUGACCAGUCUUUGCUAAGUCGCUCACUCACUCCCAGCUCUUCUCUCCGUGCAUCGAGCCAUCUUAGGGAUGACGACGACAACGAUCCUUUCGAUCCAUUUUCGUCUGAUACUCUCCCCAAAUCCUUCCACUCGAUCACCAUCUCAGACUUUGAUAAUACACCCUGGCCAACAUCUCCAGCGUCAUCCGAUCCAAGGUCCCUCGACAGUCAAUCUCACUUUCAGAUGUCAUAUGGAUAUCCUGCACCAGACCCUAAUGGACAAUAUUCACAAGAGGGCCAGCCUGAAAAUGAAGGCGAUGACGCAGCCGUUUUAACCGACGGAAUGUCACCUUUCGACGUCCUCAGCUCCGUAUUUGGCUCGACACUCGCCCCGUCCGAGUUGGAGGACGCGUUAGCGGCCAAUGGAUAUGAUUUCGAGCGUGCAAUGGCGUGGCUUGUUGAUCGUGCACUUCCUGCACCCCCUCAAAGUCCGCAGAACCGGAUUCAAGCGAUGGGCGGGAGAGUUACUUUGAUUGGGAGGGACGCGGCCACUCGUGGCAAUGGAAAGGGAUACCCGCCAACCAGUCCUCCCGGACGUGGUGCUCCUAGGUACGCAAAUGGCCGUUCAGCUCCUGGUGGCAACAGAGUGUGCCGAUAUUUUGUCGCUGGGGAGUGUCUGCGAGCCGAUUGUCGUUUCAGCCACGAUCUUGAACGCGCCCUAUGUCGAUUUUGGCUCCGAGGGACAUGCGCAAAGCAAGAAAGCUGCGAGUUCCUUCAUCGUCUGCCUGAGGGUGUGGACAUAUCCAACCUUAACAUUGCGAUGUCGCGUGCAAAUGCACCACCUGGAGUGGGACCAAUGCUACCGCACAGCCCACCCCCAGAUGAGUUCCCAGUUCUCGGAUUUGACACCACUGUGGGAGGGAGAGGAAGAAAGUACCACGACCGUGCGUACAACGACCCAGGGAGGACGCGAUUCUCUGCUGCUGUCAAAAAGCCUGCUCCAGCGCCGCAGGCUGGUGAGAACAAUGUGGCUGCUCGCCGUGAGGUUAUGGGACCCUCUGCUGAUAAUCUCUACCACCAAUCUGCCAUUGUCACACCCAGACCAUCCCCGCGCCUCAAACUGCGUCCUCCUUCGUUGCUUCCGACCUUGCCGACUGGAGAAGCCGUCAACAGUUUGUACAUGUCGUACAGAUCCCGUGCACUUCAGCUGGGGGCUGCACGCAACGCGUGCUUGUCUCGUGCUGCUGAUGCAUGGAGACGCGGAGACGGAGCGGCAGCGAAGAGGUUUAGCAGGGAAGGACACGAGUUGAAUGCGAAGAUGGGUGCGGAGAUGGCGGAGGCUGCUGCUAAGCUUGUAGGGGAGCGUGCUAAGCUCUCUGAACAAGCUGUGAGAUCCCGUGAUGCUAGUUGGUCUGACGAUCCAGGGGACCGGAGCGCAAGAGGGAAAUCGUGUGGAGGUGGACUUGGGGUGUGCUUGGGCGUUGCAAGUGCUCAUGUUGGGGAUGGGAAGGCGACGGCUGAGGAGAGGACGGAGGCGAUGCUAGAUUUACAUGGGUUGCAUUCGAACGAAGCAACGGAGGUUUUGGAAAAGUUUUUGCUUUCGCUGGAACGCGAACAUUUCUAUGGAUUGGCAUACGCGAUCGUAGGUGAAGAAAAGCACACUGGGACGCAGGAUAUCGCCCGUGGCGCCUCGCGAGCUCGUCUGGCGACGGGUGUUCGUGAGUGGGUGCAUCGUUGGGGAUACCCCUGGAGCGAGCGUGAUGGAAUCAUUUGCAUUGAUCCUUUAACGCACGCAUCUGAAUAA